GUGAGCACUACAUGAAGGUGGAAAUAACAGCAACAGCAGCAGCAGGGCUGUACAUGGACUUGUGCAGAAUAACAGGGAGCUCCUGAGGAAGGAUGAGAGGGACACACAUGGUAAGGUUAUCAGGACACAGCACUAUGGGAGCCUGGAGUUCAAGGUGUUAGAGCUGAGAGAAAUUGAGCAAGAAACUUGAUGAAACUUCAAGCAACUACUGGGACCUGUAUAAACUAACAUGGGCAGACAGAGUUCUGUCCACAACAGAGACAUCUUGUCCCUCCAACAACUCCUACAGUGACAAGGAGCCGCUCCUAGUGGACUUAGCUGUUGGUGGUGACAUCUCAAGAACUUAUCUCCAGAGAUGGACAAGUGACAUUGACGUAAGCACAGUACAGUCUCCUCGGUUAUUGUGAAGUCCACUUGGCUUCAGAGAUAGUCGCGGAAGGAGCAGUUGCUGAGAUAUGGAAGUCCUUGGGGUAAUACUGGUUCUAUGGUGUAGCUUCUUCUACCUUGUCCAAGGUCUGGGGGAAAACCAUGUGCAUUCCAGCUUUAUCUACAGAAGACUGAGGAAUCACGAGAGGAAGGAGAUACAAAGAGAAAUCCUCUCCAUUCUGGGCUUACCUCAUAGACCAAGACCCUUCUCACCUGGGAAACAGGCGUCCUCUGCGCCACUCUUCAUGCUGGACCUCUAUAAUGUUAUGGCAAAUGAAGAGGAACAUGACUUGUUGGGGUACACCCUGAGUGGGUCUAUGAUAGAAAGCAGAGGUCUAAGGAGGGGAUACCCAGCAGUGGCCAAUGGUUACUCCAGGAAAGCCCAAGCUUAUCGCACAGCCCCCCUGACCACUCAGAGCCCCCCACUAGCCAGCCUGCAUGACACCAACUUUCUCAAUGAUGCUGACAUGGUCAUGAGCUUCGUCAAUCUAGUUGAAAGAGACAAGGACUUUUCACACCAACGGAGGCACUACAAGGAAUUCCGUUUCGACCUCACUCAAAUCCCUCGGGGUGAAGCUGUGACAGCAGCUGAGUUUCGUAUCUACAAGGAUCGAAGCAACAACCGCUUUGGCAAUGAGACCCUAAAGAUUAGCAUUUAUCAGAUCAUCAAGGAAUAUUCCAAUAGGGAUGCAGACCUCUUUUUAUUAGACACUCAAAAAGUUCCAGCAUAUGAAAUUGGAUGGCUGGUGUUUGAUAUUACAGUAACCAGUAACCACUGGGUUAUAAAUCCACAGAAUAAUCUGGGUCUACAACUAUGUGUUGAAACCUCUGAUGGUCGGAGUGUUAAUGUUAAAUCAGUGGGCCUUGUUGGCAGGCAUGGCCCUCAGUCAAAGCAACCUUUUCUAGUUGCUUUCUUUAAGGCAAGUGAAGUCCUUCUUCGCUCAGUCAGAGCUGCAAAUGCAAAAAGGAAAAAACAAGACAAAAAUAAAUCCACAGCUCAACAUGAUGCAUCAAAGAUGCCAACCAAUGCAGAUUACAACACAAGUGAACAGAAGCAAGCUUGUAAAAAACAUGAGCUUUAUGUCAGCUUCCGAGACUUAGGCUGGCAGGAUUGGAUUAUAGCUCCAGAAGGUUAUGCAGCUUUCUAUUGUGAUGGGGAGUGCUCAUUUCCACUCAAUGCUCAUAUGAAUGCCACAAACCAUGCCAUAGUGCAAACAUUGGUCCACCUCAUGUUUCCUGAACAUGUCCCCAAGCCAUGCUGUGCGCCAACCAAGCUUAAUGCCAUCUCCGUUUUAUACUUUGAUGAUAGCUCCAAUGUUAUUUUAAAGAAAUACAGAAAUAUGGUUGUAAGGUCCUGUGGAUGCCAUUAAAUAAAAGAAAAAGUCCCUCUACUACAUUAUUGGCAACAUUUCUUCAUGCAGAAAACUAACUAGAGAGUAAACACAUUUGAAUAUACAUCAUGAUACACGUGUACAGUUUUAUGUAUAUAUUAGGAUUUUGUAAUUUAUUUUGAUAUAAAAGUGCAUUAAUUAAAUGUGACAGAAUUGGUUGUACACCAUUUAUAGAAAACAUCCCCAUUUUAUUUAAGUCAAGAUAAAAUAACAUUUUCUUUCCGAUAACCAAACGUUUGUGUUUUCUUGGGGCAUAGAUGUUAUUACUAUGUAAAGAUAAUUCAGUAGACAUAUUAUAUACCCAUACAGCUGUUGCGUAGUAUUUAUUUAGAAAAUAACCUUAAAGGGGUAUUCCAGGCAAAAAUAUUUUAUCCCCUAUCCAAAGGAUAGGGGAUAAGGUGUCUGAUCACGGAGUGCCCGCUGCUGAGACCCCCCGUGAUCUCCCUACGGAUGCUGAUUCUCCAGUUUCGGAAACCUCCAGCCGUCACGCCUUCUCCCAUAGACAUGAAUGGAGGGGCGUGGCAUGAUGGCACGUCCCCAGUCCCGGAAACCCGGAGGUUUCCGAAACUAGAGACGCAGUCCCCGCAUAGAAUGCGGGUGCUGCAGGGAGAUCGCGGGGGCCCACUGCUGAGAUCCUUUGGACAGGGGAUAAAAUGUUUUUGCCCGGAAUACCCCUUUAAACAAAUAAUAGUCACAUGUAGUUCUUUGUUCUGCUGCAUUCAAAAAUAUAAUUAAAAAUUAUUUCGGGUUAAAGAUUUUUUUUAAUGAUGUUUGUUUAAUCAAUUACGAUGAGCACCCUUCAUACAGUUUUAAUACAAUAUCAUGCUACAGUCAUCCUAUGGCUCGACAUUAGAGCAAGGAAAUGCUAUCCAGAAUUUCAUUGCCAUAUAGAUGUCUGGUAUCUGCUCUUAUUAUAGAUCAUAUAUCAGCUUCAUAUAUUUUAUAAUUUAAUACAGCUUUUAUAUUCCUAUACACAUAUGACACAAAGUCAGUUCCAAUGGCCGUUGAAUUUAAGAUAAUGUUUAUUAAUCAUAUUAAAAAAGACAAAUAACAACUAUACAAAAAUGACCAUUAAACAGUGUGAGAACAUAGAAUAAGCAGGGCUGUAUUUGCCAUUAGGCGCCCAUGGGCCUCUGCCUAGGCCAGCAGGGUUAAAGGAGGCAGCACUUUAGUGAGUAAAAGAGAAAAGAAAAAAAUAUAACAAUACAGCAAUUUUUUUUGGUUGUAAUUGAUGUAGCUCCUACUGCCCUCAUGCUGUAGCCUGAGGAAGAAAAAAAUCCUCUUUGGGUGAAUCCACAUGGGUCAAACUGCUGUGAAUUUUACCUGCAAAUUCUGGUCUGCAGCAUGUUGUGUAUUAGUGAUUGAUGGCUUUCUGUAUAGAAGGGUGACACCCAUGGUUAGUUUGCAAGAAAAACUGCAUUUUUGGGGAAGCUAAAACUUCCCAGCACUUUGGAUUAAUACUAAAACUGUUGAACUUUCAUUAUCCAAUAACAUUUCUCGAUUGAAUGAAAUUCAGGAAUUAUCGAUAAUGAUACCAAAUUUUUAAUUUUGUAAAUGUUUUCAAUUAUGUGCCACACAUGUGUUUUGUACAACCAUUUUACCUCAGUUGAGAUUCAUCUAUAUGUCGUUUGUUACACUUGCUAAUCAAUAAAGUUUUCUCGAUUUUGGAUAUAGUAAAAUUAUUAAUACAAAAUAGAAAAAAAUGGCGGCAAUAUCCAUCUGUUAAAACAGCCACUUUAUGUCAUUUGUGCAGUGUGGUAGAUGUAUUCUUCUGACUUUGGGCCAUGAAUGGUUUUUGGCUCUGAUGAUAUUGAUCCAAACACAUGAUAUUUAUCAUCUUAAUAGCAUCAAAUGUAUUAUUUUUCUAAUUUCAAUCAUUUGAAUACAGGGUUGGACCACUUCAGUUCUUAUUUUCCAGUGUGGCUCCUCUUUGAAAUAAACA